ACAGAUAAGGGGCCACAGGGUCGUGAAGUGGAUGGCAUGCAUGCUUUUCCAUGCUGCAAAGUGUGGGGUGGCAUGCAAUUUUGGAUUGGCUUCUUUCUCCACCCUUCUCUUUUAUUUAAAGGGCAGGGCGCUGCCUUCGGAUUCAAUUCAGAGAAAACACAGAGAGAGAGUGAGAUAUGAUCGAGGGCCACAUUAGUACAGAAAGUCAGUGAAGAACGAGCUGUCCCAAGCAGAAGAUUACUUCUUCUGCUUAGUCAAGGAAUUUUGGAGGUUAUUGGGUUUUGUGCGCUGCCUGCAUUUUCAGAUUAUCCUUGUCAGAGAAGUUCCGUGCUUUACAUAAAAGUGCUGCCUUUGAUCUUAGAAACUGUUGUUUGCUUCAAGGGAUUGAGUUGAGUUGAGGCGUCAUCCUGCAAAUUUCGAAUUUCCACCAAAAUGGCUCAACCAAAGCUUGUCAAACCCUUGAUCGCUCCAUCUGCUUCCCCAAGACUUCCUGAUUUCAAACAGGGUGUGAAACUGAAAUAUGUGAAACUGGGCUACCAUUACCUCGUUACUCAUGCAAUGUACCUCUUCCUACCACCUCUUGCAGUCAUCGCUGCAGUCCAGCUCUCCACAUUCUCACUCCAAGAUGUUCAUGACCUUUUGGGGCAGCUCCGGUACAAUCUCAUUUCAGUGAUCCUUUGCUCCAGCACCCUUGUCUUUCUAUCCACUCUUUAUUUCCUCACUCGCCCCCGCCCUGUUUAUCUUGUUGAUUUCUCGUGCUUUAAGCCUGAUGAUGAUGAUAAAAAAUGCUCGUGGCAACGUUUCAUGAAGUGUUCUGAAUCAAGAGGUACAUUCACUGAGGAAAAUAUUGAGUUCCAAAGGAAAAUUAUGGCAAGAUCUGGUAUUGGUGAAUCAACUUACCUGCCACCAGCUGUUAUGAAAAUUCCUCCAAAUUCGUCAAUGGCGGAAGCGAGAGAAGAAGCCAAGAUGAUAAUCUUUGGUGUUCUUGAUCGCCUCUUUGAGAAAACCUCAGUGAAACCAAAAGAUAUCAGUAUCCUAAUUGUCAAUUGUAGCUUAUUCAAUCCCGUACCUUCUCUAUCUGCAAUGGUUGUUAACCAUUACAAGCUAAGAGGGAACACACGUACUUAUAAUUUGGGUGGGAUGGGUUGUAGUGCUGGUUUGAUCUCAAUUGAUCUUGCAAAAGACCUACUUCGAGUUCAUCCCAAUUCUUAUGCAUUGGUUGUAAGCAUGGAAAGCAUCACUAUGAAUUGGUAUUUUGGGAAUGAGAGAUCAAUGAUCGUCCCGAAUUGCUUGUUCCGAAUGGGAGGGGCAGCAGUUUUGCUUUCCAACAAGAUGUCCGACCGAUGGCAUUCUAAGUACAAAUUGGUCCACACUGUCCGGACUCACAAAGGUUCUGAUGAUAAGUGCUAUACUUGUGUUACCCAGCGAGAGGAUUCCAUUGGGAAGAUUGGGAUUUCUUUGUCAAAGGAUCUGAUGGCAGUUGCUGGCGAUGCCCUGAAGGCAAACAUCACUACAUUGGGCCCCCUUGUGCUACCAAUGUCUGAACAGCUACUCUUCUUUGCAACAUUGGUCGGGAGGAAAUUUUUUAAGGUGAAGGUGAAGCCUUACAUCCCAGAUUUCAAGCUAGCUUUUGAGCAUUUCUGUAUUCAUGCUGGGGGAAGAGCUGUGCUAGAUGAAUUGCAAAAGAACUUGCAGCUUACUGAUUGGCAUAUCGAACCUUCAAGGAUGACACUAUACCGUUUUGGCAACACAUCAAGUAGCUCUCUCUGGUAUGAAUUGGCUUAUACCGAAGCCAAGGGAAGGGUGAAGAAAGGAGAUAGAACAUGGCAAAUAGCAUUUGGUUCUGGGUUCAAGUGUAACAGUGCAGUUUGGGAGGCUCUAAGAACUAUCAACCCCGCAAAGGAGAAGAAUCCAUGGAUGACGGAGAUCCACCAGUUCCCUAUAAAUGUUCCGCAAGUCUCGGCCAUCUAAAGUUUAAGGGCCUCCUUGGGUGGUAAAUCUAUCUUGUCUUUGUUUCGCCGUGGUGUUUAUGUUUUUAGGGGCUAUAAGAUGGUUGGUUAUUUCUAUGUCUGCUUUCUUUUUCCUUAUGCUUCGAGUUUAGGUGUAUCAAAAUAUGUGUCAGUAGAUGUGUUGUUGCAGAUGUUGGGAAUUCAAAGAAAACAGUGGGAUCCAUUGCCAGAUUAUGAGUUUUUAGGUUAAAAGGGGUUCUCAGCUAGAGUGUUCCACUGGAUUGGAAUCAUUUUGUGCUAGGUCAUGCUGAAUGCAUACUAUCCGCUUUGUGCUACAUGAUAAGCUCAACGUGGCUUGGAAUCUAAUGUAAUUCGCCCAAGGUUAAGUUGUUUAUGAAUGGAACCCAAAUUUUCUGUAUGGUGUCCA